AUGCCCAAACUCACCCUCCGCCUCCCCGGCAGCCUGCACGUCGGCCAAUCCAUCGACACCGCCGCCCUCUGCCAAAUCAAAUUUGUGAAACGUUUUUUCUUCGCCCUCUUCAACGACCGCAGCCACAACAAGGCUAAAAGCCACACCACCGCCUCUACCUACACUGCCGCAUCAAUCCAAGCCGCCGUUAACGAAUACAUUCGCUUCGAGGACUUUUUGCGCAGUGUGGGUAGAGGGAACCCGGUCUUUAAGAGUUUGUUGGGGGAUAUGCAGGAGUGCGCUAGAUUCGCUAGCGAGAUGGAGAAGAAGGAAGGCUAUAGCCACGAGGAUGAACGUAUGGAGGGUAUGGAGGAGGAGGUCGAGGAGGUGGGACGUCAGUUGCAGCUUAUGGCUGUUAGCUCUACCGAGAGCGAGCCUAAGGGCAAGAACAAGCGCAGUAGAGAUGAUGAGGAUGUCGAGGUAAUUCUUGAGGCUACUAAGAAGAUGAAGUUGUAG